AUGUAUUUACUCCCCAAAGCUCGCAGCACAAUCCCAACCCCAACCCUCCAGCGACCCCUCCCCUCUCGCCCGAUCUGCCGCAAGCCCAGCCUACUCCUCCCCCGCAUCCCGCACCGCAGCCUUGGCAUCCCUCCCCAAUACCUCCUCGACGACUACACGCCACGCUACCAACUCCUGACCUCAAUUGAAGCAUCCAAGAAGCGCUCGCAGGCGUACGCACAUUUGGCGAACUGCAACCUGUGUCCGCGCCGCUGCGGCGUCAACCGGUACGAGACUACGGGCAUGUGCCUGAUUGGCGCGGAGACGGCCAAAGUCAACGUCAUUGCACCGCAUCGGGGGGAGGAACCUUGUAUCCAGGGGUUCCAUGGGAGUGGGUCGGUUUUUUUCUCGGGGUGUAACCUUCGUUGUGUUUUUUGUCAAAAUCAUGAUAUAGCCCACCAACGCAACGGCUUCGAUCUGACCCCAACUGAACUGGCAGAAUGGUACAUGAAGCUCCAAGAAACCGGCAACGUGCACAACAUCAACCUCGUCACCCCCGAACACGUCGUGCCCCAAGUCGUCCUCUCGAUCCUCGAUGCGCGCGACAUGGGGCUACGUAUCCCGAUAAUCUACAACACAUCGGCCUUUGACUCUCUGGAUUCUCUCCGCCUUCUCAAUGGCCUCGUCGACAUCUACCUCCCCGACUUUAAGGUUUGGAAAGCGAGCAGCUCAAAACGUCUAUUGAAGGCUGUGGACUAUGUCGAGACGGCGAUGGAGAGUGUCAAGGAGAUGCAUGCGCAAGUCGGAGAUUUGAGUUUUACGAGCGAUGGGAUUGCGCAAAGGGGGGUUUUGCUUAGGCAUUUGGUUAUGCCAGGGAUGGAGGAUGAGGGGAGAGACAUUAUGCGGUGGCUUGCGGAGAAUGUUAGUCAAGAUUUGUAUGUGCAUAUUAUGGAGCAGUAUCAUCCCGAUGCGCAUGUUGGGAAGAAGAGGAGGACUACGAGGCGGAGGACUGAUAGUGGGCAGGAGGAGGAGGCGAAGGAGGAGGUGCGGUAUGCGGAGAUCAAUCGUGCUGUUCGGGAUGAGGAGCUUAUGAGUGUCAAGGAUGCGGCUAUCGAAGCUGGGCUGUGGAGGUUCUGUGAGGUCAACGAGAAGAGCAUGUUCCAUCUGUAG